CUAGAAGUCAAUCCGAGUAUCAAUCCAAGCCAAAACUUUGCGUGUGCGUUUUUGUAGUGCGUUUGUUGGUGUGUUUUCGCUGCAGUUCAACUUUCAGAUAGUCUGGUCUCCGCGACAAAUAUAUUUAUUCUCGCACCAUAGUGCGCCUUGAAAGCGUUUCGGAAGCGUUUGUGGCACCCCAAGAGUACGAGCACGUGAUUUGUGCAGCCCCUGCAGCUUCACCGCCGCCGGCCGAAAGCGACCGGCACUUUUGACACUCUGCAAAGCAGGGCAGUGGACUGACGAGGCCCAGGAGAGGGAGAGGGGGCCGAGGGCGUGGCCUCUCCAGGGGGCGUGGCCUCGGUGCGAUGGCCUCUCCGUACCACCUCCACCAUCAGCAGCAGGCCCCACCCCAGCCUCCGCUUCAGCCCCAGCAGCACAUGGGCCUGGGUGUCGGGCCUGUGCUAGGGGGUCCUGGACUAGGGGCAGGACCGGGGGGCCUCGGUCCACCUCUUCUGUCGCCGGUCCAGCCCAUGGGCGGUCCGUCGGGAUUCCUGCCCACGGGCCCACCCGGCCCGGGUGACGGCAGCGGUGACCCGGUGGCCCCCCUGCAGCCCAAGGAUUUCAACACGGCCAUCAUGUGUCGCAUGGGCCAGGAGAUUGUACAGGAGAUUGUGACCAAGGCUAUUGAGCUUUUCCAGACCCUGAAGGCACUGCAGCCGCCAACUGGGGUAGCUGCCAGCAUGCAGGGCCAGGAGGAGCGCCGAAUCAAGCUGCAAGAGACGCUGCGCAAUGUUGGGCUGCUCUUCAGAAAGCUUCACCGAGUGCACGGCAUCUGCAGUGACCUGAGUGCAGCUGUGGCCAGCAGCCAGUACACACCCAUCGAGCCCGAUGUGACACUUCAGAGCCUGGUGCCCAUGGUGGACGACCCAAAGCCCAGCGAGGAGAAGAAGCCUUCGGAGGCAACGCGUGCGCUCCUUGAGGAGAGGGCACGUCUCACUGAGCAAGUGGUGCUCAAGAACCAUCAGCUGAAAGAGGUCAUCGACGCCCUUCGUAACAUCAUCUGGGAGAUCAACACCAUGUUGGCCAUGCGGAAAAGACAUCUCCAGUUUACCCAUAGGAUCUCAUCACAGGCCAAGUGACACGAAAUGUAAAUUGGAAUGGUAGCAUUUUUUUUUUUUUACUGCAGCAGUAGUAUAUGCGGAGCCGAGUCAGCCAGCAACAGUGAGCAUUGGUGUUGCACUCCGAAGCUGUUUGGAGGCAACCUGAGUGCAUGUGCGGGCACGAACAGUGGCGGACGGUAUUAAAAAAUGAAAAGCUCACAACAGGACAUGUGACGUUACAUCAUGUUAUGGUGCAUGAAGUGUAGAGGCCCACUGGGGAAGUGCUUGGUUCAUUUGCACAUGACUGCAUCCAAGAAGGCUGCAAGGGAUGAGAGCAGGCCCCUAAAGCAGAUCAAGAUGAGGCGCAGUAGCCGCAAAGAACACCCGAGGACCAACCAUGUAUAGGAACGGCCAGAGAUGCCAGAAGAGUGACAUGCAGAAUGGCAAAUAUUCGAAAGCAAGCUGACAGAAGCGUGCUUCAUGUAGAGGCAGCACCCAAUGCAUCAGACAUAAGAGUUAAGAGGCGCCGACUUUCCCUAGAGUGUUAUGGCACUCCACUACGCAUAUACUUCUGUUGUGAUUUGUGAUCUGUGCAUUCCUUUACACUACAGGUCUACAAGCUUCUCUUUCUUCUUUGUUCAAGCCUAUUCUAGUUUCUGCAGUCAGUGGCUGCACUUGGGCAUUUUCAGUCUGUGCGCAGAGAGCAAGAGCACUUUCUGCCUAGUGAAUGAAAAAACUCACCUGUUUUAAGUCGGUGCUUCUAAGGAAUGAAUUUCACUUCCGGAGUUUUCAUUGUUCCAGUUUAUUUAUUUAACGAAGCUGUUAUAAAAGCCUGAAAAACAAGAGUGUGCGUGAAAAUGACAUCAUCGAUUCUGAGUUUUUUGGGAUGCUUAAAAAGCUGUGAGAGCAGUCAUUGGUUCAGUGGUCCAUGACACAGAAAUGCAAGUUGUGCCAGAGCAUAUUAGAUCGCCGACCAAGUGACCCGGCUUGGCAGCUUGCAUAAUAAAGAAGUACCAACAUUGGAA